UAACUACGUACUUUACUACAGUGUGUGUCCUUUUCAGUAAAACGUCUCCGUCAAAAAAUGCUCUCCAACGUUGCAAAGUCUGUCGUUCAACGGGGACUAUUCGGUAAUCUGUCUGCGUAAAGUGGUUGCAUAACAAUAAUCACAGAUAUUUGCGUGAACCAACUGUUGUGUUUGCGAUAAUAGUCACCGGUCCCAAAUGGGACUUCUCAAGUGGGUUAAAACCAUUUUCCGUGCCGGAACCGGAACGGCGGGUGGUGUUUAUAGUGAUAAAAUAGCCCGUCCUGCUGCGGUUUCAGUGCCAGUGUUGAGCUCAUCACCAGCUGACAACACUUUUGACGCAGUGAAGAAAGUACUGACGACUCCAGCACAGAGCAAUGGAUAUGCUACGGAAGCUACUUUCGAGACCAGGGCAUUCAAACUGCAUAACCUUGAUGAGGGUCCGGCAACGACGGUUACCAUUACUAAACAGGAUGCCUUGACGUACUACGGUCAGAUGUACACAAUUCGACGAAUGGAAACGGCUGCCGGCAAUCUCUACAAGGAGAAAGUCAUUCGAGGAUUUUGUCACCUCUAUUCUGGACAAGAAGCGACCGCCGUCGGUAUACGGGCCGCUAUGCGUCCGGAAGAUAGCUGCAUUACCGCUUACAGAUGCCACGGCUGGACUUUCCUUAUGGGAGUUCCGAUAGCCGGUGUGCUGACGGAGCUUACUGGACGGCAAAGCGGAAGUGCUCGUGGAAAAGGCGGCAGUAUGCAUAUGUAUGCGAAAAACUUCUAUGGCGGAAAUGGUAUAGUUGGGGCGCAGGUGCCGCUCGGAGUGGGUAUCGCUUUCGCAGCUAAGUACAACGGCACGAAAGGUGUUUGUGUUGCAGCGUAUGGAGAUGGUGCAGCAAAUCAAGGUCAAUUGUUCGAGGUCUAUAAUAUGGCUAAAUUGUGGAAUUCGCCGUGUAUUUUUGUCUGCGAAAAUAAUGGAUACGGUAUGGGAACCAGUGCUGAACGUGCUUCUGCCAAUGUGAAUUACUAUACCCGCGGGGAUACUGUCCCUGGAAUUUGGGUGGACGGAAUGGAUGUCCUAGCAGUGCGGGAAGCCACUCGUUUCGCUAUUGAUCACUGCAAUAGCGGUAAAGGUCCAAUUCUUUUGGAAAGUGCUACCUACCGUUAUUCAGGCCAUUCCAUGUCUGACCCGGGAACCAGCUAUCGUUCGCGAGAUGAAAUCGCAGAAGUUCGUCAGACCCGUGAUCCAAUUACUUCAUUGCGGGAGAAAAUCCUCCACAACGAGCUGGCGACACCCGAAGAGCUGAAAGAAAUUGAAUCGAAAAUCCGUGGCGAAGUAGACGCUGCUACAAAACUUGCUAAGGCAGACAAAGAGAUCGCUCUAGAUGAACUGUGCGCCGAUGUCUAUGCCAAGCCGGACAACCUAACCACCAUCCGAAAUGUUAUUCCAAAUUCUGAACUGUCUCACAAGCGCGUAGGAAAGGCAGUCAACAUGUAAAAUGUGCGUCAUGUCACGAAUAAUUUGAACCAGCCAAUAUAAGAUCAUAUAACUAUUGGAAAGAAGCAUGUAUUUAAAAUGAAUAUUAAUCUCAGUGCAAUUCAUUAGCAAAAUUCAUUGUUUCAAACAUUUAUACAUUUAAUAUUUUACCUUGUUUUAUGCGGAAGCGAAAUGUUCUUUAAACAACUGCUACAUGCAUGUUCUGAAAUUAAAUUUCCAACAUAUACCUAAAGUUGCACGGAAAAUCACAAACAAAUCAAAGGAAUACAUUCUUCAACUGUACACAAAGCGGGUUUCUUUCAUUGUGAGCAUUUAAUUUAUAGCAAGUUUGUCAUUCAUUUCCGACCUUUUCUUAUGAAAAGAGUAAAAGCACGAUCGUACACACACCAGUUGUCAAUACUAAUAAAUUAGAACAUUCAGAAAGUUGGCAGUCACUGAACUUCAUUUUACAAAUCCCUUUCUUGCCGUCAUCAUCGUUGGCUAAACCGUACCAGGUGGGUUUCCAGAUUUCGGAAGAUGGAACUUUUCCACACGACCCAAGCCAUCAGUAGACAGAGGCUGAUUUUCAACAACCGAUCGAUCACAAUCAAUCGGUGAACCUUGCGGAUGGCUUGCGGUAACGUUUCGUCGGGAUCAUUCAGCAGAUAUCGCCGUACGCCCAUCCAGCAAUCGUAGUAGAACUGCUCAAUUCGCUGCUCUGAUAGGUGCCAGCUAAAGUUGUCGCUGAUUUAGAGAAGAAGAGUUUCAUAAUUAACAGACUACAGGGAAUAAUUUUCCAAGCUUACAUAUCUUUGCCCUUCAAGUCGUCUCUCAGCGACCGAACCCGCUUCGUUUCAAAAUCCCACUGAUUGUAGG